GGAAGCGGGCGGGAUAGUACUCGCUGUGUCCGAAGCCCCCACGGCCCUAAGAGCAUCGCACCCCCAACACCCCUCAGCUGGUUUUAUUGAAGCUUUUGCCACCAUGGGGUUGUUUUGAGUGUCUGGAUGUGUUUUUUAGGACCACAGGAGCAUCCUGGUAAAGCCCCAGGAGGAAUCAGGAUCUGGUUGGGCCCUCUGAGUUUGGGGUGUUGUCCAAGAUCACCUCGUGGCAGGAGGAUCUGAGGGACACUCUUGUCCCUGAAGGGUGCCCUGUCACCUCUGUGGCCCCGGGGAUGGCAGAAGCCCCUCAUGAAGAAGGUGGAGACUCAGCUGCUGUGAUGGAGCUGCUGCAGCAGAGAGCAGAGGGAAGGACCAAUUUCAGCUUCAGGUGCACCAAAGACAGAAAGGUGACCAUUGCAGUCACCAUGCUUGCUGUGAUGCUGCUUCUCACAGUCACCAUCAUCGUGCUGGCAGCUAAGAAACACCCGCCCUGCACUUCUCCCACCCUGCCCAACUGCCUGGAGAGUGGGAUCGGCUUUGGAAACAAGUGUUUUUACUUCCUGGAGGAGGAAGUGGACUGGGAAGGGAGUCAACAUUCCUGCCUCUCCCGCCAAGCCCACCUGGCCACCAUCGACUCUAAGGAAGAACUGGUAUUUUCCCAGCUCUACUGGAUUCUGAAUUUGUUCCCGUGGAAAAUCUCAGACUACAGGGUCAGAGAAUUCUUUGAGGAGUUGGCCCAUAUCCUCCCAUUCUCCACACCACUCAGGAUUUCCUCUGCCUGGGUCAGGAGUUUCAUCAGCUCUUCUAGAAAUCUCAGCCCAUAUUCUAGAGAAGCUGCAGACUGUAUAGAGAAAGCUUACUAGAUGACAUACUAGAAAGAUGGUCUCUUUAACACUCAGGGGAAACUCAACAUUCUCCAGCAAUGAUUUAACUGAUUUAGAGGAGAAGAAGGAAACGAAAGACUGCAAAGCUUCAUCCUCUGCUCCUCCUCCCACAAACAGGGUGAAUAACCAUAACCAUGACCCAUACAUACUAGGAAAAGAUCUUAGCACCUUUAUAAACUUCCUAUAAAUUAUUAUCAUUAAUACUAAGGCUAAUAGUUACUCUAAUCUGUGUCCUUCUACUGUAAAAUCUGCGUAUUAAUGACAAUAUUGGGGCUAUCUCUGGAUAUGCAAAUAAACUUAAGGACUACAAAGGUAUUAAGACCUUAAAGAAGCCUAAGAAUCCAAAACACAUCAAGGCCCCCAUCCUAAGAGACAUGAGUUUAAGCAGCAUAGUUACUGACUGUUAAAUACUAAUCAGUACAGGGUUUUUCCACUCUCUCGUGCCCCACGUUGGAUGCCAAUAAGUUUAUGGUGGUUUUAGGCAGAUUUUGGGAGAAAUCCUCCUAAGGGGCCCCCCUCCCCUCCCCCAACCGGUUCGGGAAAAGACUUCCUCAGAGAGAAGUGGAAAAAACCUGUUUAUUAAACAGGCAAAGCACUCUUAGCACAAUACCCGAUGACAAGAGCUUCGUGCCGCUUACGGAGGGAUAACAAACUUAAAGAAAGUCUCCUCUUGAAGAUCGUCACUGUGCUCCACCGCUCCGUCUCCGCUGACGCUGGGAGAAAAGGAGAUGUGCAGGGCUGGUCUUGGUGGGGUGGGUCCCCUGUGGAGGCCCCCCGGUGCUUCCCCAGGUCCUUUGUCCAGAGAGGUUGGAACAGUUCUGAGGAGAGGGCAAAAAAGAAAAAAGGAAGGAAAAAAAAAAAAAAGGACAAAAAAAGAAAGAGGAAAAAAAAAAGGCAAAAAGCGUCAGCUAUUCUACAGCGUCUAACUAUGCUAGCACUAAACUAACUAACUGCCGGGGAAAAAACAACAGAGCUUCUUUCAUCUUGCCGUGUUCCAACUCCCCCGCUUCAAGGUCACUCCGAUGAGCAGAGUUUUCCUGGGGAAAAACAAGCCGCGCUUGCCCUCCCCCCCUGCACCCAACAGACAAUUGGGGAUAUACAGUCACUCCAGGACACUGGCACAAACAGUUUUAGCUGCGGAACACAUAAACAAAGAAGGGGGAAAUAUUACCGAUAAGUAAAACUUUACGAAAAGAAGGCCUUGUAAAAGCAUUGCUCAGGCAUGUUACUUCGUCUAAGUGGAAAAGGAUAGUGGGAAAGAGACUCAGCUGAAUUAGAGGUAGAAAAACAAGCUAUAUAACAAUUGUGUGUUCGCAUUUUGGUGUAUGGUGGUUUGGUGAACUAUGUUAUGCUUUAAAACUAUGUAACUGAUAAUGGGCUGACUGCUUAAGAAGGCCUGGUUAUUGCAAUAAAGCAGCUCUCCUGUG